AUGGCAGCCUCGAGUGAAGCGACAGUGAAGGACAGUCACCUUCGGCAUCCGCCGGAGUUCGACGGAGGGAAAGUUCAUUCGUGGGUUGCGUCGUUCGAGCACUUCAUGAGAAUUAAGAAGGUACCGGAGAAGGAGUGGGCCAACUCAGCCAAGACGUACUUUUCCCUCAGUGCUUGGGAGAAAUGGAUGCAUCACGAGGGGAAAGAUUAUGACAAAGAGCCUCGUUCGUGGGAAGAAUUCAAAGGGAAGGUGGAGAAGGUCUUCUGCCAUCAUGAGAAAGGCGAAGAAAAGCUGAAAGACAUGAAGAAGAAGCCGUCGACUUGA